GUUAAACUCAGACCGAGGUACUUCACCCAUAUGGGGAUCUAUAGCGGUUUAGAUAGAGAACAAAACUUUUUUCACUAUUCUACCAAUUGAAUAAGUUCUUUAGAAACCUUAAAUAUGUAUUAGGCAAAGAAAAAACGAUUUUUAGAAUAUCCUGGACUGGGCGAAACUUUAAAGUUCAAAUUAAAAUUGCUGAGUGUGUACCGAUCCUGAAAUACCCAAAUAUAUACUACCUUUCUAUUCUACACUACUUAUUUGAUAUUGCUUUGAAUUUUUAUUGUUCUUUAAAAUUUGUUUAUAAAUGUGACAAAAACGUUGUAAAAUCUCGGGCCAAAUUUUUAUUUUGUGUAUUUCUAAAUUUUAAGUGACAUUCAAAAUCGUUUCCUAGAAAAGAAAAAACGAUAUAAAUAAAAUGUCUUACAACAACAGCGGCAUAGAUUUCGAUUAUCUACUUACAAAAGAUUUUCUGCUAUUCCUCGACCUAUGUCGCGAUCCAAAUCUGGUCUUCACACCAAACUCGGACCAAAGUUGCUUGGCGCAACUGUGGCUGGACAAGCUGUGCCGUUACGAUUGCGCCGAUUUGGAUGAGCGACGUUUGCGCAACAUCUAUAUGAGCUAUCUGUGCUGUUGCCUCAUUGAGGGCGUAUUAAAGGGACCCUUUUCGGAUCAACCACGCGAUGGUCGUCUGCAAAUGGUGAAUUUUAAUGCAGUCAAAAAGCAACCGCUCUCCUGCCCGGUAGUGUGUACAGCCAGAACCUAUAAGGGGUGUGAGGAUGCCAAAUCGAAACGUUUAUCGGACAAUUGUGAACAACAAUUAGGCAGCUGUUACAGCAGUGAGAAUGUCGGCACCAGUGUCGCCGGUGGCAGCAGCGUGGAGAACAGUGUACAUCGUGAAAUUAUGCGCUGCAGCACACCCGAGGUACGCUUUAGCACAGACAUACAAUGUGAGCCGAAUGCGAAUGGCAUGAAACGUCGCUCAUCUGGUAAUGUCUUCAGCAAUUAUAUGGUGCGUGAAAUUAUAACACCAAGCGCAUAUAAUACACUCUCAUCGGAGUGUAGUAUGCCAUGUGACUGUUAUCAGGAGUACGAUGCAUUUGCAAAUAUGAAGGACACGUUUCGUCGUGAUGUGAUCGUACUGUUGAAGGCAAUCGAGGCAGAGUUAAGCGGUUAUGUGGGCAGCGGUUGCAAUAAGUAUUUGGAAAGUGAGCUAUUGCGUUAUAAGAGUUUCAUAAUGAAUUUCUCGCAUAUCGCUCGCGUGCUAAAUAAAUUGAAAUCGCAGUCGGCAUUGCGCUCGUUUUUGCUCUUGAGUUUGCAAGAUGAUUUGAUCAAGUUAAUCAAUGAACCUCUUUGAGUGUGUGGGGUAAUUUCAUGGUGAAAAUUAUUUUGUUUCUUUUAAUGUUUGCUAAAUAAAGUGGUGAUUGUGUA